UGCCUGGCACCAAAGAUGGGAAAACUGUGGAGUGGCGGCGUUGUCCCUGGGCCUGCCCUGCUGUCUCUGCAGCUGUCUUUCUCCCUCCCUUCUGUGCAGUCCUGGUGGAACCGAAUGUCCAACAGGUUCCGGAAACUCAAGUUGAUGCAGACAUUGCCACGAGGACUGACCAGCAACCAGCCCCUGCCUUUUUCUGACGAGCCUGAGCCGGCGCUGGACUCUACGAUGCGGGCACCCCCUCAGGACAGGACUAGUCGCCUUGGGCCACCCGAGGUUGCCCACUCAACCAAAGACAGUGGUCCUGGGAACCCAAGAGGAGAGAAGGAAGAUGCGUUAUUGACAACUAUGGUG